CGUUUUGAGAUGUUGGCAGCAAUGUGUACAUCACGGGGUUUUCAUAAGCGACCGCACGGAGAACGACAGUCAUUUCAGAAUUGACUGAAGGCAGGAGGAGUUUGCGUUGGCGUUCAUUGAGAAAGAAAAUCCUUUUCUUAUCGUGCAUAAAUUUGUAUACGGCGUAUAAAAUCAGCAUUCUUCUUAUAAGUUCGGUAAGUUCGGAUCUUAGGCAACUGAGUGUGUGUUAGGUGUCAAGAUCAGAUUAUUGGGCAUCAUCAGUGGACUUUAUUACAAUGACAUGGUGCGCUUGACUCCUUUUCUGCUUCUCCAUUUUAUUAUCCUUCGCUGAUGGAGUGUUUGCUGCUUUGUUUUCAUCAACCUCUUAUCUUUCAUCGUACAUUUUAACUGAGGGUGAAGAAGGAAGAGAUUUCUCAAGUAUCUAAAGAGAAGAUUCGUUGAAAAUGAGUGUCAUAAUUAGACUACAGAACUUGGCAUGGUCCGCCAACGCUUUGGAUAUCCGCCAGUUCUUCAGAGGCUUGAGCAUCCCGGAAGGAGGGGUGCACAUUGUUGGCGGCGAGUUGGGAGACGCUUUCAUUGCUUUCAGCACCGAUGAAGAUGCUCGACAGGCAAUGAUGCACGAUGGCGGCAAGAUCAAGGAGAUGAAGAUAAAGUUGCUGCUUAGCUCGCGGACAGAGAUGCAAAAAGUGAUUGAGGCAGCCCGACAACAGACACUGAGCCUCCAGUCCUUCAUGCAGACAGCACCAGUCGCUGUUCCUGCGGUUGUUCAAAAGCCUGGGUCACCUAACGACCGACGAGAGAAAGAGAAAGACAACGACAGUGAAUCGAGCAAGGACCGUAAGGACAGACGAGACAGAUCGCGAUCUAGGGACAGAUCUCGAUCCCGCGAUCGUGACAGGGAUAGAGACAGGCGAGACAGAGAUAGAGGACGAGAUCGUAGGCGUCGUGACAGAAGUAGAUCGCGAGACAGAGAGAGAGACAGAAGAGAUAGACGUCGUCGUCGUGACAGAUCCAGAUCCAGAGAUCGUACGCGAUCCAGGGACAGAGAUGCGAAGCGUAACUCGACAGGAGAACGUCGAAAGGACUCUAACGACGACGACAAUAAUGACGUAGUUUGUGUAGGACAGUUUCAUAAAGAUAAACCCGUGGCUGGUGGGAAGAAACCAUUGGAAAAUGGUAUAUGGGAGGUUCCACCGCAAACACAGAUGCAAGCUGCCAUGCUGGCGCCUGGAAUUUUAGGCGCAGGAGUGGCUGCGUUGUCGCAAGAUGGCGAAACACGUUCAAUGACAUUCGGCAAUUCAGUGAUUGGUCAGCAAUCGAUGCUUCAACAAGGUCAAUUUCCUAUAAAUGGGAUAAACGGUGUCGGAGGUUUGAUGCAGUCGCAUAUGCAGACUCUCGGUCACACUGUGGGCAUGAACCCAUUGUCCCAGAACGUGGGUGGAUCAAGUCUACCCAACUUGACCACAGGAGUGAGUGCAUUGAGCAGACCAAAGGAGCCUUGGAACCAAAGUGAGCAGGCUAGAAUGGAUCAAGUUAGGUUCCCUGGCAGAUCAGGCCAGUUCGGAGCCGAUAUGUAUGGUUCGAACGGUUCUCUAAACUACAGGCCAGGAAUCAGACCAAACAACCCUUUUCUGAACAAGGUACAAGAAUUGGAAGGGCGUCGCAAUCCACAUGCUUUCCAAGCAAACAACUCUCAAUUCAAUUUUGAUAACGACAGAGGGAACCGUGGCUCGACGAACAGCUCUAGGUUCUCCAAUGAGAGUAAGAACAGUGGAGGAAGCGGAUACUGCGUGGAGGUUCGUAACAUGCCGUUAAGCGCUACGUACAAUGACGUUCGUCAUGCGUUUCAAGGUAUAUAUAUCAGAAAAGAUGGACUAAAGUUAAUUAACGAUAACCAUGGCAAUCGCGUUGGUAUUGCUUAUGUUAAAUUUAGCAAAGCUGAGGGUAAAGAGCUUGCUCUGAGCACGACUAGAUUCGUCAGAGGAUCAGAAGUGGAAGUGCUGCACCUUGACGAAAGUAUUUUCGACAAAGCGGUGGAUUCGUACUCCCCUGAAAAGGAAAGAGACCGUGGAGAAGACGGGAUAGAGGAUGUCAGAUCCUCCGCUUGUAUUUUAUUGACCGAUCUGCCGUCCUUUACUAAAGAAAUGGAUAUAGCCAAAUUGUUCCACGACUGGAAGAUUAACGAUCUGUUCAUCACCAGUACCAAGGAGUCCGGAAGUGUUCAAUGUGUGGCCUACGUGCAAUUCGCUAGAAUAGAGGAUGCAAAAGCGUCGGUGAACACAUCUUUAAAAAUCGGCAAUAAACCCGUGACCGCGACAGCGAUCACCGAGGAGAAGUUUGCUCAAGCGAAACGUGACCACGAGCAGAAUAGCAUGAAUCAGACCACCAGCUCGGACUGCGUUAUCAUGCGGGGUCUUCCAUUCCAAACCAUCGACCGUGACAUUCUGGACUUUUUCUCUGACAUUGGCAUCGUGCCCCAUCGAAUACACAUGCUGCUCAAUCAGAAUGGGAAACCUGCUGGCGAAUGUUUCUGCGAGUUCGACACGGCGGACGAGGCUCUCAGAGCCACAGCAAAAAAUGGUCUGCCAUUCGGAAAAAACGUACCAACCAUAGAAUUAGUCCCGCGAGCUAAAAUGUUGGAAACAUUGGGAAUGGUGGAUCCGCAGAUCAUGGAGACGCAACAGCAGCAUUUUCCACCACUUCAGGAACAACGACCGCGAUUCUCUGGACCUAUGAAUCACUUGCCCCGCUUUGGUAACUCUGGAUUCGGACCUAGGUGCCCUCCUGGUUUAAUGGGUAUACCUAGACACAUGUUAGGUCGGCAUCCAAGCUCCAUGGAUUACGUAGAAGGUUUUGGCAAACCUGGUUGCGUAUUGUCCUUAGAGAACGUUCCCUUUAAAGCCGAUAUUAAUGAAAUCAUCGAGUUCUUCGGCGACUUUGAUGUUAAAAGGGAAAACGUCAUACGUCGAUAUAAUGAAAGAGGUAUGCCUACGGGUGACGCUAGGGUGGCGUUCGCGUCACCUAGUGAAGCACAGAGAGCUCUUAGAGAGUUGAAGCAUUGCAAGAUGAGGGACCGUACGAUAUACAUGAAACUUGCGUAAACAAAUUCACUGGAUAUUUCGUAAGUUACGUUCAGAAUCUCUCCAGCAGUGCUUCGAAAGAGGCACUCAGAAGAAAUUGACCAGACGUCGAGUUUUGGAAAAUUGAUUGAUGAACCGAUUUUAUUCGUCGAUUGAUUUUUAUGGGAACAAUAAUAGACGUGUCAGGGAUGAUCAGAAAACGUAGAGUACAUACGUUUCGAGAAGGUACCUCCUCGUGGAAGCUAUUUCUUUCAAAAGAAUUGAAGAUAUUUUUUGUUUAUCUGCGUUUUUCUUUUUAUCGUUUUCUUUUUAAGAUUUUGUAUAUAGUGCGACUAGUUUUUAACAAUUCGCUGGAUGUUGAUCUUUAGCGAGAACGUUGUUUCAUAUCAGGACAAUUACUCGUAAAGAUAUUUAGGUUCAGGGAACAUCAGCAAUGUAUUCUCGAUUAUUUCUCACGAAGAGAAAUCAUUUUCUUUCUAGUUUCUACGAUUUAGAUAAUUUUGUAACCAAUUGAUCAUUCAAUUUCUUUUUUUACUGUAUCAAAGUCGAGGUAAGUCGUAUCUUGCUAUGCAAGAAUGACGUCGUAUUCCCCUAUCCAUUAAGAGUUUUCGAGUUGUAAAUAUAAUGUUGAGCCGUCGUCGAUUUUUCUUAACACACGCAGAACGUCAUCUAGUAUACAUGCUUUCGUCCAUCUGAUUAUUAUUAGGUUAUUCUAAACAAAAUGCAAUAAAGAGUACAAUAAAAGACUUUUCGACAUAUUGUCGAGCAAUUUUUAUCUUUUAAAUUGAUCGAAAGAUAAGCGAUUAAAUAACUCAUGCUCACCAUUUUCACGACGGAUGAUGAUAUCCUUGGAAAAGGGAAAGACCAUUCAUGCAUGUAUAAGAGAAACAGGCAAUGUUCGUUGUUGACACGAAUUCCUCGAAAUGAUGCGUAAAUGUACACAUUACGUAAAAAUAUAGUACGUAAAGAUAAGUACAAAACUCGAGUAUCGUGGAGUUACGUUGCGCAGGGCAUAAAAAUUGUCAUCAAAUAAAACAUCCAUCGAGAAUAUUGUAUUUUCUACACGCAAUUGUAUAUGUAUAUUCACACACAUAUAUACAUAUA